AUGGCCAUCAAUGAUGCGGCAACAGAUUGGGGCCUGAAAUGUCUGCGUUAUGAAAUAAGGGAUAUAUCUCCUCCUCGGGGAGUGAGGGUGGCUAUGGAGAUGCAGGCGGAAGCAGAGCGCAAAAAGAGAACUCGGGUUCUUGAGUCAGAAGGAGAAAGGCAGGCAAACAUUAAUAUUGCAGAUGGGAGAAAGAUCUCAGUCAUCCUUGCAUCAGAAGCUGCAAAGAUGGACCAGGUUAACAAAGCUCAAGGAGAAGCAGUAGCCAUCCUUGCUAGAGCGCAAGCAACUUCCAAAGGAAUUGCUAUGGUAUCACAGACACUGAAAGAACAUGGGGGUGUGGAGGCUGCAUGUUUGAGAAUUGCUGAGCAGUAUAUUCAAGCCUUCAGCAAGAUUGCAGGGAAGGGCACAACAUUAUUGCUUCCUACUAGUGCUUCCAAUCCUGCCAGCAUGAUGGCUCAAGCGCUUAGUUUAUACAAAAGCUUAAUUGGCAACAAUUCUGGUCAUAAGCUUCCAGAACAUCAAGGUUGA